GCCACGGCUGGCUGUGAUUGGUUGAGCCGCAGCACAGCUCGCAGCUGUGGGAACUGCAGAGGGGUGUCAGCCCCACUCGGCGUGACAAUCAGUGUGUUUAGCGGAGCGAACAGCAGUCUCCCCAGGGACCGCCCGGCCCGGCCCGAGGUAACCGAUUAGGCACGCCUGUCGCCGCGGCGAGGGGCGGUCGCGGCUUCAUGAAGUGUCGCGGCGACAAAGCCCCGUCCUCGCAGCAGGCUGGCAACACUGAGCCACGAGUGCUGACUGGCGACCUGCGCGGCAGGAAUGUGUCGUCACAAGGCAGUGAGCGCGCGACCCGCAGAGCCGCCGCAUGUUCCACGCUGCGGCCGACACCUUGCCUCAGGACAGAGUCGGGGAGGAGGGUCAGCUGGCGGCCACUGGAGGCCACUGGAGGCCACUGGAGGCCACUGGACGGUGGAGGGGCGCUGGAGGCCGCCCGCCUGUGUCAGUACCUGCCCGCCGCUUCGCUGGAGCGGACACAACCUGUAUCCUUCACUAGCGCCAACUGACCAGCUCGCCAUGACCCUGGCGCCGCCUAGCGUCAUGAGCCACGAGCCGAACCCGGCGCCCUCCAGCCUGCCUCAUGACCUGCAGGCCGUGAGGCAGUGGCUCAAGAAGCAGCCUCACCUGCCUCACCACUGCGACGACGCGUGGCUGGAGCGGUUCAUGUACGGCUGCAAGUACAGUCUGGAGCGCACCAAGUCCAUACUGGACGCCUACUACACGGUGCGGGCCGCGGUGCCGGAGCUGUUCGAGGACCGCGACCCGCUGUCGCAGCAGCUGCAGAACAGCGCCGACAACCUGUGGCACGCGAUGCUGCCCAAGCUGACGCCGGAUGGGUACCGGGUCACCGUCCUGCGUCUCAGCAGCGAGCAGGCCGACCUGGACCUGGUGGCGGCGGGCAAGCGCGCGCUCAUGGUGAUGGACGUGUGCCUGUGCGAGAGCCGCACCCUCAGCAACGUGGUGGUGAUCGACCUGCAGGGCUUCAGCGCCGCCCAGAUGGCCAAGGGCGUGCCCUCCAACCCCACCAUGCGGCGCAUCCUGCUGUGCACCCAGGACGCCUUCCCCAUGCGUCUGGCGCAGGUGCACUUCGUGAACGCGCCCGCCCUGCUGGAGAAGGUGAUGGCCUUGGCCGCACCGCUGCUCAAGGACAAGCUCACCAAGAAGUUCUUCGUCCACUCUCAGGUGGAGACGCUUUAUGAGCAUGUGCCGAGGGAGAUCCUGCCACAGGAGUACGGUGGCGACGCUGGGUCCAUGAAGCAGCUAAGCGACGCCUGGAUGCAGAAGCUGGUGGACUACCGAGCUUGGUUCGCGGACGAGCAGGCGCGCAGCAAGGCGGACGAGAGCAGGAGACCCAACAGGAAGACCAGCCGCCUGCUGACGGAGCUGUGCGUGGACGACAUGCAAGGUUCCUUCAGGAAACUAUCCAUCGACUGAAGGUCUGCACGUCCGGCUGCGCGACUCUGGACUCUGCUUCUGGUGGCUUGGCUCUCCGGCUCAGCUCGAACCUAGCGAGUCGGUGUGAAACGAGCUAAUCAAGACGAACCAAGAUUCAGUUCAGGCAGCGCUGCUCAUACAUAACAUGCAGUUGUGCAAAAACACAAUCAUUGUAUCUUGUAUUCCUGUGUGAUAUGCAGUCACAAGUACAGUUAUUAUAAAAUACAUUAUAUAUCUAACAGUAUAUCUUCCAUGAUGUGAAUUCUAAGAAUAUGCCCUUUAAAAUUAUAUAGAUUUUAUGAGAACAAAUAUGCUUUUAACAAAAAAAAAAAGUAUUUGAUUGGAAUUGUAACCCUCACCAACAAUAAUUUUGUAAAGCUCCUAAAGUGGCAACCUAUAAACAUUUACUCUACACAAAAUAACUUGUGAACCUAUACUUACAUGGUUAUGAGCAGUAUAUGAUAGCAGAUCCGAACCCAGUCUGCAGGCUGGAGCCGGAGCCGAUGUCCACCAUACUGUAUAGUGACGUCACGGCGGCCAUAUUUGAGGACAUUGACCUUGGACCUUGACCCCUACGGCCAUCGUGUAUUCGCCAUCUUUGAUCCGCUAUCUUGGGUGCCACCAUUUUGAAUUAUGACAUCACAAUUGCCAUUUCCAUCAUAGCUGCCAUCUUGAAAAUCCAUGAUUAAUAUCAGAAAAUUUUGGAAAAAAAUUUAAAAUUAAUAAAAUAAUGAAUCAACAAAAUUAUAACUUAUAUUAUAACUUACAUGUAUUGCGAAGCUGUUAAAUUUAAGCUUCGAGUGUUAUCUUUUACAUUUGUAAUCAACUGAGUUUUGGAUAAGGCUUGAACCAAAAUAUGUAUUUGUAAUUAAUUAUUUUUGAAAUGUAUGAGUUAGAUAUUUAUUAAUAAUGAGUUGACGAAUGUACACAUGCCACUCAAUAAAAAAAAUAUUUUGUUAUUUAUGAAUUUCGUAAAGCAUGUUAUAUUUUGAGAAUAAAGUGUUAUUUUUUCUGUUAUGAUAUUAAAAUAUUACUUUUUAUAUUC